GCGGCUAGCAUCGGAGGUGGGCAAGCCUAGCGGUGUAUUGUGGGAGAGACAGAAGCUACAGACCAGAGGCACACAAUAUGUGUUGGCUCUCGCCGAAAAGGAGGCAGUAUUCUUCAAGCUAAAUCAUGUAAUGUAAGCGGCGAAAGGAGAGCGAUUCCGUCUUUUCAUCAAUUAAAGAAAAAUCACUCGAUCGGACGAACCAUGUCCAAGCCAGGGGAGAGAAACAGAUUGAACGAAGACCAUGGCAGAAAGCAGAGUUCAAGUUUGGCGAACGGCAUGGACAGUCAUCCCGUUUGCGGCUCGGCGGAGAAGCGGAGUCACCACUGGAGAAGUUACAAGUUGAUCAUCGACCCGGCGCUGAAGAAGGGACCACACAAACUGUAUCGCUACGAUGGACAGACUUUCAGUAUGCCCAACCCUGGGAUUGCACCGGUGGAAAUCGUCCGGGAUCCGAGGAUCGGUCGUCUCUGGACAAAGUACAAAGAGACGGAUCUACCGGUGCCCAAAUUUAAGAUCGAUGAGUGCUACAUCGGCCCCGUGCCUCCAAAGGAGGUGACAUUCGCCAGGCUCAAUGACAAUAUCAGGGAAGGAUUUCUCACCGACAUGUGCAAGAAAUUCGGGGAGAUCGAGCAGGUCGAGAUCUUGUACAACCCGAAGAACAAAAAGCACCUGGGAAUAGCCAAAGUUGUUUUUGAGACGGUGAAAGCCGCCAAAGUGGCCGUGCAGUCGCUGCACAAGACGUCUGUUAUGGGAAACUUCAUCCACGUGGAGCUGGACCCGAAAGGUGAAAAUCGCCUUCGGUACUUCCAGCUCCUGAUGAAUGGCACCUACACUCCGCAGACCCUGCCUGUCGGCGGAGAGGAGGCCAGAGAAGUUUCCCCUCGUAUCCUGGCAGAAGCCUUGCUGGCCUGCGAGCCCAUCCGCAGGUUGUCGGAGAGCGGCGUGUCAGCUGUUGGAGGAACAUUGCCACCCAGCAGCUCUACCACUCCACUGUCCCUGGAGACGGGCUACUCCAGCCUAAGGCAGGACACACCCCAGUCCCAGGGAACCCCUCAUACCCCACGGCAGACUGGUACACCCUACUCUCAAGACUCCAAUUUCUCCAGUCGGCAGUCCACGCCGGCGUACCAGUCCAGCCGUGCCGAGAGCUCCGGAGGUUACAAAUCUCGCAGACACGAGAGUAAGUUCCAGGACGCGUACAACCGCAGACCGGAGAGGCCUCAGUACCGCAGCAACAUGUACCGAAGUACGACGUCUGAACAAGCUCCCUUCAAACAGCACCAACUCACCCCACCUGAACCUCCACCUUCCACCCCUUCCUACACCUACACAGCGCCUCCCCCUGCUACGCCCAACUUCAAGUCCGCCUUCUCGCCCUACCAGGCUCCUUUGCCCCCCGCGUUCCCCCCGUCAGAUCCUGCUUUCCAUCACCCAGCCCAAAGGGAGGGUGAGUACCUCCGACCACCGCAGCCGCCUCUGGCAGCGGCCACUGACUUUUUACCCGUCAAGGAGAGACCAGAAACUCCUCCGAUCCCAGAGCCCCCGCCGGAGCCCGUGCCCCAUCCGACCACCCCUCCUCCCCAAACCCCAGAGCACUGCCCCUCACCUGGCUCCCCCACACUCGAUCCAGAGCGCAAUAGCCUGGAUUCCCGCAUUGAGAUGCUCCUCAAGGGGAAAAGGACAAAACUGCUGCCGUUCCUGGAGGAGCGAGACUCGGACACUGAGGUGCGAAUGGAGGGGAGUCCCAUCUCCUCCUCGUCCUCUCAGCUAUCCCCAAUUCCCCCUUACACAAGUGGCUCCCAAGGCGGCCAGCAGAACUCCCGUCCCUCCAGCACGGGCUUGGAGGACAUCAGUCCGACCCCACUGCCAGACUCGGAAGAUGAAGAGCCGAUACCCGGAACUGCCUCGCUGAUCAAGAGAAUCACUUCUCCUGUGCAGGAGAAGAUGAGCAACAGUGACCUCAAAGAUGGACAUUUUCGAGGCCACACUCCCACUGAUAAAAUGGACACGGGUCAACAGUCGUCAGGAGAAGACAUGGAAAUCUCUGACGACGAGAUGCCCGGGACUCCGAUCACCAGCGGCGACUGUGGCAAGGGCAUCGUCAUAAACUCUGCUGUGUCCCCGAUGCAGACCAUUACCAUCCCUCCUCCCGGCUUCCCCCCUCUCCCGCACCAGGCCGGCUUCCCGAUUUCGCAUCACCACCUGGCCGCUCACUCUGCCGUCACGGGACACCCCCACCUGGCCGGUCACCCUGCAGUGCCUCACCAUAUGCUGCCACCCAUGGGUCCCUACCCUCAUAGCAUGGUGCCGCUGGUGCAAAUGGAGCUGAUGAACUGCUUGCGGUGGGAACAGUGGAGCUCUGUUCCCAUGUCCUUCCAGAUGCAGCAGCAGAUGCUGAGUCGCUACGCUCAGACCAGAGGGCCCUAUCCUUAUCCACAUUUUAUGGAUGGUGGUGCGUCUGGGCCAUUCGGGGGACCCUAUGCGCCUCUGUCUAUGGGUGCUACGCCCGCUGGUGGCGCAGCAGCACCCGGACAACAAUGGCAGCAUCCCAGUAUACCAAAGUUCAACCCUACUGUUCCUCCUCCUGGAUAUGAGACGAAAAAGGAGGAUCCCCACAAGGCCACUGUUGAGGGUGUGCUGCUGGUCAUUGUCAAGGAGCUGAAGGCCAUCAUGAAGAGGGACCUGAACCGCAAAAUGGUGGAGGUGGUGGCUUUUAGAGCCUUUGAUGACUGGUGGGAGAAGAAGGAGCGCUCAGCAAAGGCGUCUUUGACUCCAGUGAAGGGUGCGGAGGGAAAGGAAGAAGAAAGACCCAAACCCAAAGAGACAAUGGGUUCAAGUCUGCUGGAGAACUGGAACAAAGGCGAGGGACUGGGCUACGAGGGAAUGGGCCUGGGAAUCGGUCUGCGAGGAGCCAUCCGCCUGCCCUCCUUCAAGGUCAAACGAAAGCCUGAGGCUGCAGCUGCAGGGGACAACAAACGAGCGCGACCAUCCACUCCAGUGGAUGACGACCUGGAGGAUGAAGACCGGGAUCGAGACCCAGCCGAGCUCCCGUCGGACGAUUCCAAAAUGGAUGCCGACAGUGCAUCUGCAAAGCGACGGCACUCCCGGCCACUUGAACUGGACAGCGAGGGCGAGGAGGAGGUGGACACGUCAGAAAAGGAAGAGGAGUCGUUGUCUGACAGGGAGGAGCCUGAUGAGACAGAGGCUGCAGAUAGGCUGUCAUCAGGCAAAGAGAGUGGCGAUGAGGAGGGUGAUGAUGAAGACUCAUCCAGCGAGAGCGCUUCCUCAGAUUCAUCUGAUGACGAAGCUGAGAGUUCAUCUUCCUCCAAGAGCAGCUCAGACUCUUCAGCAGCAAGUUCAGACUCCUCAGAGUACGAGAUGAGCUCGGAAGAGGAAGGGGAUGAGGAGGAAGAAAAGGAAGAGGAUGCAAUGGCACAAGAUGUGGAGGCCGAAGGCAAAGUGGCCAUGACCACCUCGUCCUCUUCAUCCUCUUCAUCUUCGUCUUCGGAUGAAGAGGAUGCACAGGCAGAGACCGUGGCACCGAGCCCACCUGCGCGACCGGUCCCAGAGGACAAGGAGGAGCAGAGGAGCAGAGAGGAGCCGAGCAGCAAGCUCAAACGCAGACCUCCAAGUCCUGAGGAGGAGGUGAUGGAGCAUCCGAAGCCGCCAUCACCCAAAGGCCUCCCACUCAAAGAGCGAGACAUCAGCGUAGACGGCAGCGUUCCUGUAGUGAAGUCCGAACCUCAGGAGCAUGUAGCGAACCUUCGGCCACCCACUCCCACAGGUGCCCUGCCCGACAGCGACCAGGACACAAAAGCCAAAGGUAAAGCAGAGCCUGAGGAAGUACCCUGCACCCCCGGGCGAUUAAUCCCACCCCACGUAGAUGCAAACACACCUGUCCCCAAAUCUGCCUCUGCAUCUUUAAUGCACCUCCCCCUCCCUCCUCACCCGGCAGUAGAAGGUCGUUCCCUCCUUCAUCCACCCCCUGGUCCCCUGCCUGAGCUCCCCCAGCGGCCCCGGCUCCCCACAGAUGAGGAUAUCCCCCGCACGCCAGGCAGGGACCUGAUGGAGCGUGCCCGAAGUCUGGGCAAGUCCCAGAGCACGGACACUGUUCCCAUCACACCUGGUAGUGAUGCCCCGCUGACGGGCAGCAGCCUGUUGCUCAGCUCCCCUCACAUCCCCGGUAGUCCCUUCUCCUACCCUUCACAGUCCCCUGUCCUUAGCGCUGGAGUCCCCCGCACUCCAGGAAGAGACUUAACCUUCACCCCUGUCUUCCCUGACCCCGCAGCACUGACGCUUAAUAGGAAAAUAUCCUCUGAGAGCCUGGACGAUAGACCUGUUUUUAAGGAGCCGCCCAUCAGCGCUCUGCCUAACCAGGCUCUGUCAGCUGGCGCAGAGCAUUCAGCCAGUGUCCCUGAAGAUCUUCCCACUUGUCUCACUGUCGACGUCCCUGUGCCAUCAGAUACUGCAGCGUCAAAGAGGAAACCUGGACGACCCAAAGUCAAAAAGACGCCAGCUGUCUCUGCAGCUGACGAGUCUUUGGAGCUAUCCUCUGAGUCCAUCCCUCCUCCUCACCAAACACAUCUCGGCGAUGUAUCCACGGAAACGAUAUCCGCCAAGUCCCCCGACCACCCGAGCCUGGACUUCCGGGAAGGAGAGGUGAAGCCCCAGACGGUCCUGCCCACUGAGGACGGCUUCCUGCCCUAUGAAGAAGAGCCACCUGUGGUCGUGAAGCCUCCGCGGAGGGCGCGGCGAGGCUGGGAAGAGCUGCUGCUGGGCAGCCUGUCCCCUGUCACCUCGCCUCCCCGACCGUACUUCACCCCACGCUCAGAGUUUGAGGAGAUGACCAUCCUGUAUGACAUCUGGAACGAAGGCAUAGAUGACGAAGACAUACGGCUUCUGCAGAUCACGUAUGAUAAGAUGCUCCAGCAGGAUAAUGGCAAUGACUGGCUCAACGACACGCUCUGGGUCAACCAUCCUCCUACCAACAUCCCUGGAGUAAAGAAAAAGAGACGAGACGACGGCAUGAGGGACCACAUAACCGGCUGUGCGCGUAGCGAGGGGUACUACAAGAUCGACAAGAAGGACAAGAUAAAGUACCUUCAGAGCACAAAGCUGCAGUCAGAGGAGCCGCCGGUCGACACACAGGGUAUGAGUAUUCCUGCACAGGUCCACGCCUCUACCCGGGCUGGCUCGGAGCGGCGGUCGGAGCAGAGACGUUUACUAUCCUCGUUCGCAUGUGACAGUGACCUGCUGAAAUUUAACCAGCUGAAGUUCCGUAAGAAGAAGAUCAGAUUCUGCAAGUCGCACAUCCACGACUGGGGUCUUUUCGCCAUGGAGCCCAUCGCUGCAGAUGAAAUGGUGAUCGAGUAUGUGGGACAAAACAUCAGACAGGUGAUUGCGGACAUGCGAGAGAAGCGAUACGAAGAGGAGGGCAUCGGCAGCAGCUACAUGUUCCGCGUCGACCACGACACCAUCAUAGACGCCACCAAGUGUGGCAACUUUGCCCGCUUCAUCAACCACAGCUGCAAUCCCAACUGUUAUGCGAAGGUGAUCACGGUGGAGUCUCAGAAGAAGAUCGUGAUCUACUCCAGACAGCCCAUCAACGUCAACGAGGAGAUCACGUACGACUACAAGUUCCCCAUCGAGGACGAGAAGAUCCCCUGUUUGUGUGGGGCAGAGAACUGCAGGGGAACUCUGAAUUAACGUCCAUGUGAGGUCAGUCUUCUCCAGGGUGUGAAACGUGCUGUCCUGGAAUUCAAGUUCCCCAGACACGCACACGUUGAGACUCCGGACGAGGAGGAACUGAAGAGGGACGAUUUUAUUUUGGAGCGAGAAGAAACCCUGCACGUCGUCCGUACGGCCCCCUUUCACAUAUUUAACUCUAGAUUGUUUACGAUUUAUGGUGCUCUUGAAAUUUAAAAAAAAAGGCAUAAUUUUUUUUAUGUCGGCCAGUGACCCAGAACUUAAACACUUGACUCGUUGGUGCAGCAUUUCCUCCUCUCAACGUCGGACAGUAUUUCAGCAUGGCUCCUCCCACGUCGAGUCUCGCUUUGUACAGUUUUACACUUUUUUUUUUCCUCACCUUUGUCUCAUAAGCUUUACGUACACCACACAUGGUACAAAAAAAACAACAACACAGAAUCACAUGAUCAGCUGCUUACUAACACUGAUGAGACGCACAAGCCCGCCAGAUAAAAAAAAAAAAAGAACGCCUCUCUGGCACCUGAGCAGAUGGGAUGACUGCGGAGUGUCGUGGCCCGCCAACCGGACUGCAAUCCUGCUUUCUCGCUCCUACCUCCUCUGCACUUGGAAGUAACUCAAACUGAUGAAAAAAUUAAAAAAUUCAAGCAACAAAAAUGGUUAAAUCCUGCCACAAAAUCUAGAAUAUUUGGAUAUCACGCCUGCUUUCACCAGCCAGCGACAGAUCAUGCUGCUUCCUAUUAGUUUAUGCAACAACAAAAAACAAAGAGAAGUUAAAGAUGACUAAAUUUGUAUUAAUGAUAUUCCAGUGUUUCUCAGUUUUGUUUCGGUGGUUCCCUUGCUUGUUUCUUCAAAGACACUAUAUUUGUGUGUGAAUGUGUGAGAGAAUCCAACAUAUCUUAGUGUGUGUGUGUGUGUGUGUGUGUGUGUGUGUGUGUGUGUGUGUGUGUGAGAAUGUGAGUGCACUGCCCCCUGUAGGCCGUAGCAUAGAAGGCUGCCCAAUCAUGCACAGCAAGAAAAAUCCAACCAGUUCCCUGUCUGUAUCCACUGGGCAGCAUUUGACUUGUCAAACUAAGUUUUCAGCUGAUUAAGAGAUAAUUAUUUCUCAUUUUUAAGUGCCAUAUGAAUGUGUAACUGUGUUUGUUUCACCUGAGCAGGCAGGUGACGGACAUAAGAGUUGGUUUUUUCGCCUGUUGACAUGCAUGUGCAAAGAAUUGCUGCCGAUUUUGGGUGGUUGAUGAAGAUGUUUGGGUUCGCUUCAUCACGUUUGUGUCGUCUUCAACUACAACACUCAAUAACUCUACCAGUGUUCGAUGUUUCCUGCGAAACAGAAGUGUUUCUACAACCCAGCAGACCUCUCUGCGAGGGUUGUUCUUUCUUUAUAAACUCAUUAAGAUGAAAACAUAUUUGUGAAUGCACUCGAGGCUUGCACUUCCGCUUUACGCCCCCUCUUAGCCAAUCAUCACCCCCCCCCCCCCCCCCCCAAUUAAGACCAAGUCAGUCAUUGCUUUUCAUUCAGUUGGAUUAUGGAGAGUUUCUUUUUUUCACCAGUGAUGUUUAUAUUGUAUAUGAUGAUUACUUGUACAGAAGAUCUAAAGCUUUUUUAUCGUCACAGGGGUAACACUUUUAAGAUGCAUCUUUCUCUUUCUCUCUCUUUUUUUUUAAAAAACAAAAGACUGAGUAUUUAAAAUAUUUUCAGGGAUCUGUAAAAGGAAUCUGAGGGUUUAAAGGUUGUUUAUUUAAAAGAAAAAAGGUCCACUGUGUACAGGAAAAGUCACCACCUCCCUUUGGAAAGAUUGUUUCUUGUAGAAACGUCUUCAUUUUCUGCCCAUUUUGCUUUGUAAUCCUAAAAA